CAGGCUAUUCAGACAAUUUUGUGCUUUUUGGUUACCAAUCGUGAGCCAAUCAAGGCAUGGCAGAUAUCUGGGGAUCUGCAACAAACAUGCCGAAACAGAACUCUUCCAGUCAGGGAGUUGGCCAUGAUGGGACAACUGUCCAGGAGAUGGAGAAUUGUUUUAAAAAUGGGGAUGAUCUUUCUCUCCAGUCACUUGAUGAGUCAGAUUUUCUGGUCAGUAGUUUAUGCAUAGUGAUAGGUGAAAGGGAUGACACCAAAUUGGUAAGAUCCUAUUUUACAUAAACUUAAAUGGUUAAUCAUCAAACAUGGUCAAAUAGCUCUGAGUGACUGUGUCUCUAUUGUAGGGAGUUGAACUUGGGACCACUAUCUGACCAAAUGAAAAGGAUCGGAAAAAUGUGGACCAGCUAUCUCUCCACUCAUUUGAUGAGGCGGAUAUUCUGUCUGAUGAGGACCGUGACCACCAGGAGAAUCCACUUCCGGAUAAACGCCUGAAUCAUGUUAUGGAUUACGAAGUCCAGGCCCUUCGUCCUUCCUCUGUGAGAGCCGUGACCAAGCCUUGCAUCACUAAUGACGUGCACCCCACCAUGCUACACGAUCAGAAGAGGCGCGACAGGCAGUACCGUGCUACAAGAGUCAUGAAAAGGUUCCAAAAAACCCUGCUUGCCCUGGAACAGGACCUUAUGACAACCAAGGAGGAGAUCCUGAACACCAACGAGUACUUCAAAGAGAUGUCUCGUGUGAAGAGCCAGGGACAAGGCCGGAUGGGUGCGUCUCUGAGAAGAUUCGUUUAUAACGUCAGAGGGAGAAGGCUGAAGAUUCAGGCGCAGAAGUAUAUACGGGUCAGCGAAGAUUUCGUUGCGCUGAUCCAAAUGGUCGAGAAGGACUGCAGAGCUGAUCUCAAUCUGACGGGCCUGGAGAACUGGCAGAGAGAGGUUAAGAAGCUGCGCAUGGCCUGCAGGACCUGCACUGAGAGGAUCCAACCACUCGAGGUGUGUGGUUCCCCACCACAGGUCCAACCCUCUCAAGAGAAGUCCUCCAUCCAACACUUUGAUCUCUCUGAGACAGAGAUCACUCAUGUGGUCCCCUUCACUAUUGAGGAUGCCAUGGAAUCACCCCCUCUGACUCCUCCUACUCCCGAGGCCCUCCACCUCAACCAGCAGCUUCCCCGGACUUUGACUCCCCUCAACUGCGUCACCAAUGGAGUUGUGACUCCAACCUGGCCUGAGACUCGGCCUGCUGUGGGGUAUUUACCCCCCCCCCCCCCUCCUCGUCUGCAACCAAUCCAAAACAUGAGCGCUGAUGCAAAGAAGCUGCUCCAGGGAGGAUUGGAAGAGCUUCAGCAGGAUGUGACGGAAGAGAAGAAGCCUGGCAAAGGGGAGAAGAAGAAGACUGGCAAAGGGGAAAAGACGUCCGAAACCCAGUCGUACGUCAAACCACUGACCGUGUUGGAAGUCAGCGACAAACACCAAGAGGAAUACUCUGAAAACAAUGUGAACAAGGAGAAAAAAAGAAAAAGAAGAAUGUGGGAAAGAGGUGAGGACAGAUAGCAGAAAGGCAAAAUGAAGGGGGUAGUAGAAUGUGGGUAAAGAGCGCUGU